UCCCGGGAGGCGGGCCGCUGGUCGGAGGCGGGGCUGCCGGCCCGCCGCGACUUUCAGAGCCGGACCAUGGCCUCGCGCUGGUGGCGGUGGCUACGCGGCUGCUCCCGGGGGCCAGCAGCGCGGAGCCCCGGGCCCAGCUCCCCCGCCAGCGUGGGGCCGCCUGGACCGCGCGCCACCGCCGACGGCCGCGCGCAGAUGCUCUGUUUUAAUCUUGUGAAGAGUCUCACAUCUGCUUUUCCACAUGUGUGUGGUAUAUCACGGUUUCAGCACACGACACCGGCUGUGUGCUGCUGCAGUAAAACGCGGAGUGGUGAGAAAUUCUCUGAUCCUUUUAAACUUGGGUGGAGAGACUUGAAAGGCCUGUACGAGGACAUCAGAAAGGAGCUGCUCAUCUCCACCGCCGAGCUGAAGGAGAUGUCCGAGUACUACUUUGACGGGAAAGGCAAAGCUUUCCGGCCGGUUAUCGUGGUGCUGAUGGCCCGAGCAUGCAACAUUCACCACAACAACUCCCGAGAUGUGCAAGCCAGCCAGCGCUCCAUAGCCUUAAUUGCAGAAAUGAUCCACACUGCUAGUCUGGUUCACGACGACGUUAUUGACGACGCCAGCUCUCGAAGAGGAAAACACACAGUUAAUAAGAUCUGGGGUGAAAAGAAGGCCGUUCUUGCUGGAGAUCUAAUUCUGUCUGCAGCUUCGAUAGCGCUGGCACGGAUCGGAAAUACGGCUGUCAUAUCUAUUUUAACGCAGGUUAUCGAAGACCUGGUGCGUGGUGAAUUUUUGCAGCUAGGGUCGAAAGAAAAUGAGAAUGAGAGAUUUGCACACUACCUGGAAAAAACCUUCAAGAAGACGGCCAGCCUGAUUGCCAACAGUUGUAAAGCAGUCUCUGUCCUAGGAUGCCCGGACCCCGUGGUGCACGAGAUAGCCUAUCAGUACGGGAAAAACGUGGGCAUAGCCUUUCAGCUAAUAGAUGACGUGUUGGACUUCACCUCGUGUUCUGACCAGAUGGGCAAGCCGACAUCUGCUGAUCUGAAGCUCGGCCUAGCCACUGGCCCUGUCCUCUUUGCCUGCCAGCAGUUUCCAGAAAUGAAUGCCAUGAUAAUGAGACGGUUCAGUUUGCCGGGAGAUGUGGACAGAGCACGACAGUAUGUAUUACAGAGUGAUGGUGUGCAACAGACAACCUACCUCGCCCAGCGGUACUGCCAUGAAGCCAUCAGAGAGAUCAGCAAACUGCGACCAUCCCCAGAAAGAGAUGCCCUCAUUCAGCUCUCGGAAAUUGUACUCACGAGAGAUAAAUAACAACAACUUCUGUUCUUUCUGGCAGCUACUUUACCAGACUGUGCCUAAAGUUGUUUGCUUCAUGUGCAGAUAACCAAAAAUCAUUUUAAAAAACAAUUUCAACCUUAUUAAUGGGCAGGUUUUUUUUUUAUUGGCAAAGUUUUUCAGAAAACUUUUUCAAUGUACUUAAAUCAUCUGAAUCUGUCAUUGUAGUCUUAUAAAUUCUAAUUGAGGUAUCUUGAUGGUUCUAUGUGGUAUUGUUUACACUGUUAAUAUCCACAUGUAAAGCCAUUACACAAAUAAAUAAUCAAUGUUAAAAUUCAAA